CACAAAACCACACGUUUUCUUGGCGUUGUUUGUCCCGGCAUUGAAUUUUUCACUCCAAUUUAUCUUUGAUUUCAUUUCUUGUGAUGUAAAAUGUAGUGAAAUACUUAACAGUUAUCCAAUUUCAAGUAUUCAUCUAGUUUUACACCGCACUCCUUCGGAACCAUGUAGCAGAUACAAUAGAGUAUUAUGAUUUCUACAAUAGCAGCGCCAAUGCCACCCAUAUGACAUGAUGCAACGAUAAUUGGAGCACAAUCUGGUCGCCAUGGCUUCUCCCGCGCCGCCAAUUUUCGGCACCGAGCCCAAAAUGCUAAUAGCAACCGCUAAACUAACUACAAUCGACUUGAUCGGCGGCAUCAAGUGCCACCUCUGCCUUAAUACAUUUGGAAACAAGAAAGAAUUUGACACUCACUAUCUGAAUCACAAUACGGGGAGCCCUAACAUUGUGUAUACUUGUGUAGUAUGCCACAAAGAAAUGAAUGCCUACCCAGCUUUCCGUAACCAUUGCUAUUUGAUACAUGUUGUGAAAGAUAAAUUCAAAUGCAAAGACUGUUUCAAAACAUUUUCAAAACACAGCAUUCUACAGCAGCAUAUGGAUACAAUGCACAAGUUUGUUUGUGCAACAUGUAAACAACAAUUCCCAAACAAGAAAGAAUGGCAAAUGCACCAGGUGACGCACAAAAGUGACAGCCCACCGUAUGACUGUCAGAUUUGCAAGCAGUCCAUACAAACGGUUGAUGACUGCGAACAACACGUUGACGAACACAGCACAGUGACAUACUCAUGUCCAAUUUGCAACGAAACAAUCCCAGACAAAAGCUUAACUGUUGAACAUUUAGUCAAACAUUUCGGAGUGCCCGAAGAUAUCAUUCCGGAAUCAGAAGUCGAAAUUCUAGAGGAAAGUUCCAUAGAUUUGAUUGGAAUUCUCUGCUGUUACUGCGGUAUAACUUGUAAGACGCGUUCGGAAUUCGAUCUGCAUUUCAUUGAGCAACAUAACAAGAAUAUCAUAUACUCCUGCAAUAUUUGUGGCAAACAGUAUGAUAAAUAUAACACUUUUGGGAACCACUGCUACUAUCAUUACUCCAAAGGCAGAUUCGAGUGCGACGAGUGCGACAAGUCGUUCCCGCGGCUGUCGCUGCUGGUGCUGCACACGGCGGCGCGCCACGCCACAUUCGACACUCCAAAAGACCUGAAAGACCACCAAGCAGUCCACAAAACUGGUAACCUUUGCCAACACUGUGGCCUUCAAUUCACCUCGCUGAUGGCAUGCGAACGCCACAUACCGCUGCAUCGCAAGAAACAGUAUACAUGUCCAGUAUGCAACAGGAGCUACGCAGAGAAAUAUCUCGUCAUGAAACACAUACAACAUCACUUCUCCUCAGUUUUACAUCUAUGUAAAAUCUGCGGUAAGAUAUUCAACGCCAGGAACCGUCUCGUGCAGCACAUCAAAAUUCAUUCGCAAGAACGCAGCCACAAAUGCACUUUCUGUGGCAAGGGCUUCGUCAAAGAGCAACAGUUGACGCAACAUCUGAACAUUCACACGGGCCUGAAGCCGUUCCAGUGUACCGUGUGCCCGAAGACGUUUGCCAGCCAACCCAAUUGGCACAAACACAUGCGGAGGAUGCACAACACUAGCAAAGUUACAAUUGAAAAGACUGCUUAUGGUACCGUUGGUGAAACGUUGAAAAUGCAAACGCAGAAAUUGAAUAACAACAAUUUGGUUAAAGAUGAUUUUGUUGAUUCGACAAGCUCAGAAAUGGAGUCUUAUUCGUUCGUGGGAGAGUCUGAUGAUAGUUUGGUGGAGUCCGAUGGGAUAGAUCCGGUGGCUAUGGAGCAGGAAUCAAAGAUAUUUGAAACAAACAGUGUGGAAACUAAUGUCGAUAUUAUCGAGAGUUCCGGAGGUAAUAAUAUAGAACAGGAGACCAUAGAUGUGCCACAUUUUGAUGAUUUAAUGCCCGUGGACAGUGUUGAUUCAUUUGUGGCUGCCGUAACAGCAUCAGCAUUCGCCUCACCAACUCCUCAACCAGGCUCCGGGCCACCACAGGAGUACGGACCUGAUUUCGGUAAGGACUCCACAGGUUUCCUAGACCUGGAUGACCAGAUACUCCCACACAUAGAUCCGUUGCUCACAAUAAAACCGGACAUGUAUUCAAACGAUUAUAACUUCCAAUACGAAAAUUACGAACAGUAUAACGACUCGAAUGUCUAUAAAUGGGAGCCGAUAAUUGCUAAAGUAUUUUCAGGGGCCUACGGGUAUGAAUCUGAUGGUAGGAUGUCAGUGAACACAGAUAUAUUUUAACACCGAUACAUAUAUGUAUGUAUGUUUUAUCGCUGGAUAGACAGUUUAAUGGAGAAAAUUUUAAUCGUUUUCACAUUUGUUCACAAUUAUAUAGUUUUCUAGCCCGUUGUAAAUCAAAUUUAGUUUUUAUUUUUACUUUUAUUUUGGAUAGCUAGUUGUUAUUUCAAUACAGCGAAAAUAACAUAAAUCCAAAUAUAAUUCCCGUGAUUUUGCUAAAUAACAGUACCGUAACGAAAAAUCCCGUUUUUUUUGUCAAGUAGGUACUCGAAACAAUAAGCAUUACAACAAAUUCUAUCCAGCAUUUAUGUAUAUUAAAAAUCGGUGUGUAUGUUAAGAACAGAACCAUUUUAGACGUUGAUAGUUGAAUAGUAUUCUUUAUAUCUAUAGUGGCUAAACGGCUUCGGCAAACGAGAUUCAACAUCCAUGCUUUUUUUUAAUAAAAAAAAAAGAUAUUCGCGUUUGUCUGAAGCAGUUUUCCAUACAUAUGAACUACCUCACGCCGAAACGAUUAUAUACCUCAUGUAAUCCAUAGGAGCUAUUUUAAUGUAACUGUUGUUUAUACAUUUUGUAACAUAUAUCCCACCAAACAUUAGAUAAAUGUAUCAUUAUUCAUAACUAAGCUACCUCAUUUUUAGUUUUUUUUUAAGAUGCGGUUUAGUGAAUCGCCUAAGGAACGAAAAUGUUUCGUGUGUCGGAGUGUUAGCUGAAAAACAUUUAAAUAAAAGUGUUUUUUUCGAAAAAAGAAAAAAGUUUUGACUUGUUAGAAUGCAUUUUUGUGUCCGAGAACAUAAUUUCAACAAAAUUCGUAUCAUAAUUGGGUUUCUAAAGAUAGUUCCUUUUUUUUACUAAUAUUUGAAAACUUUUUGUGUACAUACUUCGACUAUUUUUUAUUUUAUUAAUAUUUUUUUUACAAAAAACAGUCGGUACAAAUUUUUAUAUAAAAAAAAAAAGAUUUUUAGCCAUAACUAACACUCCUCCACACAUAAAAAUGUAUAAUAGUGUACUUGUGCCAUUUUCAUCGUUUCAUUUGUUCUCUUGGCAGGUUGAUGUAAUUUUAUAAAUAUGUAGUUUCAUUGUAUUAUAGAAUCGUAAUGUGGUCACCACCACCGGGGUUGGCCACAAACGUUGACAAGGCAUAUGCCUCAUCUAUUCUCUUUUUAAAUAAACUAUUUUUUUUUUCUUUAUUUCGUUAUGGCAAUCAAAUCCUUCGUAAGCUUAUUUUGGCCAGUGUCGAGUUUUAAUUAGUCCUCUCAUUGCUUGGCCAUUUGAGACUUUUUGGGUCAUAACAAAAGUAGUCACUAAUCGUCGUAACUCCAGCACUCAUGCCUGUCCAUGAACACUUAAAUAUCAAUAAUUCACAUUUUUAAAAGAUUAAUAGUAAAAAAAGCACAUUUAAAAAUAUAAAAAACUAGAGGCCGCCCGCGACUUCGUCCGCAUGGAAACCCUAUCAAUCCCGCGGGAACUCUGGGAUAAAAAGUAGCCUAUGUGUUAUUCUGGGUCUUCAGCUACCUAUAUACCAAAUUUCAUGGUAAUCGGUUCAGUAGUUUUUGCGUGAAAGAGUAACAAACAUCCAUACAUCCAUACAAACUUUCGCCUUUAUAAUAGUAGUAGGAUUGCAGCUCAAACAACAUGACGUUUGGGUUCCCGCCAAAAAGUUCUUCCUCAGAGUUCAACUCAAUGUCUUGGUACUAGAUUUUAAUCUUAUUUCACUUAGUCAUAUAGAUCGAUCAAUGAUUUAUUUGAUGCUACAAAACACGCAUAAGUUAAAACAUUGGUACAUGAAUGAAGACACAAAUAUUUCAAGAUUGUUAUACGCGUGUAACGAGCCAAUUUAUGUUUAUUUUAUUUGACUUUUUUUAACAAAUGCGAUUUUGGUUUAAAAUGUGUUUUUUUUAACUAAAUGAGAGGGAAGAUAAGAAAUAAGCCUUGUCAACUUUUGUGAAUAAUCCCGCACAUCGCUCAACGAUUGUAUUCGUUUCAGAUCAGUAAUCGAUUGAUUCGAUCCAAAGUUUUAGGCUAAGAAUUUGGUGAAAAACAGCUUUGUAAAUAUUCGACUAUAUUUGUUUUGCGGCACUCCAUAAUUUGCAUUUGAAUUUAUCUUCAUUUGAGCUUGCUGUGGCGGCGGGGUCGGUCGUUUUUACUGCAAGGAAAAAAAAGAAAAAUAACAAAAAAAAAAAAUUUGUCCGCUUUCCGCCGCCCGCUCUUGCAUUUCAAUUCGAUUCCUUUUUUUUAUUAUUAUUAUAAUGAAAACCGCGUCGCAAAGCGACUCGGUUUUAGUGUAAGUGAAUCGAUAGUGCUGUGAUAUUUUAUGUAUAUUUAGAGUUAAGAAUUUUGAGUGUAACGUAAUGAGUGAGUACAAAGAUAAAGAGUUAUUUAUCAUGAUAAAUAAACGAUCUUCAGCCGACGGACGAACGUCCGGUCGCGAUCCGGCCGCGCAUACGGUGCGGCCCUCACAGUUGGUAAUACAAACUUUAGGCAUGACAUGCAAAAGUCUCCCAGAGUUUCCAUAUGUAUGCGCUAACAAUGAAUUUGGGAAUAUUUCCUCAUUAAAUAUACGACACAGGUGUUACUUAAUGUAGCAGUCGAAUGCUGCGUAUAAAUGUUGUUAAAAAGAUUUGAUGAAUAUAAGAUAAUACUCCGAAAUAUAUUUUGGAGAGAAGUAUUUACAAGGAGGUAAGGGGUCUUAGUGAUAAAACGUAUCCAAAGACUGUUAGGUAUUAUGAGUUCUUUGAACUUAAAAUUUGACUUAUAAGUCGGGGAUAAUGCGGAUAAAGUCAGAUACGCAAAAUUUAAAUAGACCACGUGUGUAGCUAUCGAAAAUCAUAGGCUUUGACAGGAUUGACUAAAUUAAUGAGCAAGAUUGGCGCCUCAGUCACAUGCAGAGGGUAGUGGGCAGUUUGCAAAAUUAUAAAAAAAGAAUACACGGCCGAUAUAUUGGUGGCAUGCUAGAGUCGGCGACUCCGUGCUUCAUCAAAAUUAAAAAUUAGGUGGCGGCGGUUGAUUGCGCGCGAAACGGGGAGAUCUGGCAAUUUGUUGCGGCACUUUUUCAUGAGAAUAUUCUCAUAAUAAAUGAAUAGAUAGGUUUAAUGCCUUCGCUGAUUAUUAUCUGACUCGAAUGAGUCUUAAUGAUGGCAAAUUCUUGCCAUGUGGUAAGACAGUCUUCUAUCCAAACUAAGAAUUUGGAAUUUAAAAAUCGAAUCAAAAUAAAGAUGGAAUGUUCGAAAUUUAAAAUACACCGCGUGAUCAAUGGCCGCCCCACUUCGUGUCCGUUGCUGGGCGCGUGGAGUCGCGCACACAACGGAUGCGCCUCAUAAGCGCGCUGGAGCCAACCACUUCAGCGCGCGAGCUUACGACAGUAAGGUUACAUAGCAUAAUGGAUUCAUAAUAAAAUAGUACUUAUUCAAAACUUCUAUAAUCAUAAUUGGAAUUGUACCAUUUCGAUGUAAAAUUUCGUCGCAUAGGGUGCACAUUGUGCCGUUUUUUCGAUAAAUAUUUAGGUUUGGAAAGGGUUUUGAAAUUUAAAAAAGCGAUUUUGUUAUCGGUGUGCUAAGUGCGGAGUGCUUAAUUUCGGUCACUAGCGCGUAAAAUAUACGCAACCGCGAACUGAAAAAUAAUUAAAUUGCGAUAUUGGAUAAUAAAAAUAAGGAAUUUUAAGGUAAAUUAUUGCUAUAUAAAAAAUUCAAAAUCGCUUUUUCAUCUUUGAAUACACAAAAACCGCGAGUACAUUUCAAAAUUAGAAAAAGAAAAAUAAUAUAGUAUCGUAAACAAAAACCUCGAUUGUUCCCUUUGCGACCGUAUUUGUCCCUAGCUUUUAGGUGUUUAGGAUAGAUAAAGCACAGGGUAUUGUGGUUCUAUUUUAGCGGAAGCGUUAAAGACUCGAUAAGUAAGACAUCCGAUAUAGAAGGUUGGUAAUACUACCCCAAUACCCGCGAAGUGUAGAUCCGAUAUAAAUCUGUUUAAUGUAAGUCUAUCAUCACCCACUAUACGUUCCUUUGUUGUCUAUGAUAAAUGUAAUCGAUUAACUCGCAUUUUUUAUACGGUGACCUUUUCUGUUUGAAAGUGGCGAUGAAUUAAUUUUUUUUUGUAAAAUUGACAUCUCAUAAUGAUUUUAUUAAAUAAGGUCAUUGAGCUCAUGGUAAUUUUUUUUCUAGAAUUAUUUAGGUCGAUGUGUGAAGUUUAUAAACUAUUUAUUUUUUUAAUAAUCAACCGCCAUCGUCGAUUUCAGUUUCUUGUUAUAGACAUAAUUAUGGAGUAUUUACUUUAAAACGGACCUUAGUGACGUAGAUUUUUGGCCAUGUUUCAAAAUGGAUUCGGUCACCACCGAAACUGCCAGUUAAUUAUCCUUAAACGUUGUCUUAUACCUAUUUCUACAAACUGAUGUCCGUCUGUUUUGGUAGUAUUGUAAUUUAAAUAUUGUAAAAAAAUUAAAAAAAAAACAUAUAUCACGUAUAAAAUAAAAAUAAAAAAUCAUAUACCUAUUUGCUGUUGCAAAAACUAUGUGUUUGUUUUAAGUAUGUUAUUAUUAUCGUGUGAUGAUGAUGUAAUGGAAAGAUGAAGUAUUGAAAACUGUCUAUUUUUUAGACAUAAUACCGUGAAAAGUCAAGUAAGGAAUUGGUAAAAUAUAGUUUUUGAACGACACGACAGCACAAAACAAAACGUGGUAAAUUGAUUGAACAAUUAGUAUUGUUCAAUGCUUGAAUUGCAAUGGUUAAUUCUGUUUUCCAACAAUCACCUCGUCACAUGAUUAAGGUUUGGUAAAGAACCCAGGGUUUUGAAACCUUGCCGACGACUAGCAACUAGCGGAAUGAAGUCGGUCAGACCUAAGUCCGACGAAGUGGGCGGCACGCUGCACAGCCCCUUAGGAUGUAACAGGAAAACACCAUGAUAACAUUUGAAAUCUAAAAAAAUAUCAAGCGUACCAGAACGAUUUUAGUAGCAUGUGGUAUUAAUAUAAUUUUUGUUUUAAUAUAUUUAAAUAAUUAGCGUGACAUCAGUUUAAAAAUUACAUUUAAAAUUAAUAGAUGUUGAAGUAUCCAUUCAAUGUUACAUAAAUACAUAGUGCGAGAAUUCUUUCGUUUAAUUUUUUAGAGCUUCAAAAUGCAUAAUAAUUGGUUUUAGAAUUUAUAUUUCGAAAGUCGAGUUAAUGUUAUUUUGGUAUUGUGAACUUUUUGUACAUAUAUACAACUAUAUACUUUACACCAAUACGAAAUGUGGAUUAAUAUCAUAUUUAGUACCUCUAUAUCAUUCGAACGUAGUGGCGUAGCUAUUGAAUGGUGCCCAGGGUUAUUUAAGUUUUUUAAGCCAUCUUAAGAGCCCUCUUUGAGUUGUAAAUGAUUAGUGUUUUUAUUACUGUAAAAAAGAACAAAUUUAUAAAAUAUGCGCUCUAUCGUAUAGUUCUUCAAGUGUUUCUCGCAAAUUAAGGGCAUUAUUUGAACUUCUUCAAAUACGCAUGCUUUUUAGCGCUAUUGGCGCUGUUUAACCAACAUUAGAAAAGGUGAAACUGUGUAUCAAUUACUCGCAUAUUUUUAUUAUUUGUGCGUAUAAGAAAUGCUUUUUAAAAAGGGAUGCUGUAAAUUGAAUUGUUUGUUAUGUGAUAUUUUUAGGGCGAAGAAAUUGCGUCCCUUAUUUUAAUUCUGUCCGACUUGCCCCGUAUCUUGCUACACUAUUAAUAAUGCGCCACUUAGAUAUAGUAGGGAAUAUACUGUUAACACAUGUUAUUAUUAUAUACAGUUUUUUUAAAUGGUAUCUCAUUAUAUAUUCUACUAAUAAUAAUCGCUCUACAAGAUAACUGGUAAAAUGCCAACGACAAUACUUCCAUCCAUUAUUAAUAAUAGAAAGCAAUAGUUAAGAGGUCACAUGCAUUAUUAACUAAUGAAAAUAAUUAGCGCGUUAUGUCCGCCAUUUAUAUUUUGUAAUAUUACGUACAUUGUUUUAAUACCAACUGUCAAAAUGGUGUUAUCGUCCCUUUUACUCACGUUUAGUGCCGGCCAAAUUGUUUUACUUGUCCAACUUUGUAUAACAUACCUAACACAUCGAAUAUUUCGUAUAUUGAUGGCCAUGUGAAUGGUAAAAUUUUCGAUAUUUAAAAAAAAUAAAUAUCCCAUACCCGAAUGCCGUUUCGGUAAUUUAAUUUUUAAUUUGUUGUAAUUUUUAUUUUGUUGCCGUGUGGUUCCCGGUGCCGUGUGGUUCCCGGCACCAAUACAAAACAGAAUAGGACCACUCCAUCUCUUUCCCAUGGAUGUCGUAAAAGGCGACUAAGGUAUAGGCUCAUAAACUUGGGAUUCUUCUUUUAGGCGAUGGGCUAGCAACCUGUCACUAUUUGAAUCUCAAUUCUAUCAUUAAGCCAAAUAGCUGAACGUGGCCAUUUAGUCUUCAAGACUGUUGGCUCUGUCUACCCCGCAUGGGAUAUAGACGUGACGAUAUGUAUGUAUGUAUUUGUUAAAUAUAAAAGAAAUCGAAAACAAAAUUGUUCACACUGGACAAUUGACAAGUACGGAUAAAUAUAUUGCGUCGUUUUGACAGCUGGUACCUAUUUGUAAUAUGAUUUUUUUUCAAGUGGUCAUACAAAAUAAUUUUGAUUUAUAUAAUAAUCUUUUUUUUUUUAUUAAUCCUUUAUACAAUUCCCAAUUUGUUGGUGUAAAGAAUAAAGUCGGCUUUUGCUUAUUUUUUUGACACGAAACGUGUAACUAUACUUUUAGAGUUGUAUUUGUGGAACAAGCUUCUAGUUGUAAAUAUAUCGCUAUUACGGUUUCUAUAUAAUUACAUCCUAUAUUGUAAUAUUAUGGCGAAUCUUGUAUUGACGGAUGUCGUAGAAGCUUUACUUCAUGUUUCUUAGUUUUGAAAUCGUGACAUAAGCAGUACCACCGAAUUCUAUGGUAGAAGCCAUAAUAUAGAACAAAAUAAGUAUAUAUAGUAUCUGUGCAAACGAAGAUGUACGAACAUACCAGCAAAUAAAAAAAACAAAAGAAAUGAAUGAAUGGAGAACGCUCCACUUUAACUCCAUCGACACGAGUUAGCUCUUAAUAUACUUAGCAACUACUAUGUAUUGUCAAAACAGAAUUGAAAUUUUGUUUUAUCGAAAAUCAUUGGAGAUUUUUUUUUUAACAUAAAAAUUGCCGAAGCGCAGUGUUAACAGCAAUUUGCUACAUCCGUCAAUAUGUGAGAUCCGCUAUAUACCUUAUAAUAAAUAGAAAUAUAUUUGAAUUCAAUAUUACACGCCUCCAUAAGUAGAAUAAAGACAGAAAUGACGAUAUUUUAUUGAAAUAAAUUUUGAUCACAUUUACAUACUAUCUACCCGCUUUAAAUAAAAUGUACAAAUAUAGAUAUUAUAUAUAAAAGGCGUUUAAUUUUCAAAUGUGUUUCUAUUUGACAAGUUAAAA